AUGAAAAUGAAGAAAAAAAAAGCAGCAGAAAAAUCCGUCAGAUAUAAAUUUUCUAUUUGCAACUUUUCUUUCUUUUUGUUUUCAAACACAAUCAGUACAAACCAAAAUAUGCAUUUAUCAAUACUUACACUUUUGUUGGUAUUUCUCCAACCAAUAAAAGGGGAAUCAAACACUUCGACCAUUUUAGGUAUUCCAACCACUCAAGAAGACGAAGAUUUAUCAGGAUCACAAUCAAUUCUGCCAAUAAGAGUUGUUGGAAACAAAUUUUUUGAAUGUGAAAAUGGUCAACAAUUCUUUAUUAAAGGAAUUGCAUAUCAGAAAUCAAGACAAGAAGGAGAGAUAUAUGAUGCUACUAAAGAACCACAUUAUGUUGAUCCAUUAGCUAAUCCAUUUACUUGUUUAAGAGAUUUAGAAUAUUUAAAAGAAUUAGGUGUUAAUGUAAUUAGAGUAUAUCAAAUUAAUCCAAAUGCAAAUCAUGAUGUUUGUAUGAAUGCAUUUGCUGAAGCUGGAAUUUAUGUUCUUGCUGAUUUAUCUGAACCUUAUAUGUCCAUUCGAAGAGAUUAUCCUCAUUGGGAUACUGAAUUAUUUAAUCGAUACAAGGAAGUGAUUGAUGCAAUGAAUAAAUAUAAUAAUAUGUUGGGAUUUUUUGCUGGUAAUGAAGUUGCUAAUGCUCAAUCUAAUAUUGAUUCAAGUCCUUUUGUUAGAGCAGCUUUGAGAGAUUGUAAGAAAUAUAUUGAUGAACAAGGUUAUAGAAAGAUACCAAUUGGAUAUGCAUCAAAUGAUGAUGCAAGUAUUCGAAAGAAUUUAGCCAAUUAUUUUGUUUGUAAAUUAGAUGAAGAUGAAGAUAAUUAUAGUCGAGCAGAUUUUUUUGCUAUUAAUGUUUAUGAGUGGUGUGGAUAUUCAACAUAUACUACUUCAGGGUAUCGUGAUUUGACAGUUGCUUUUAAUAAUUAUCCUGUGCCUGUUUUUUUCAGUGAAUUUGGUUGUAAUAUAAUUACUCCUAGACCAUUCACUGAAAUUGAAGCAAUUUAUGGCACUACCAUGAGAAAAGUUUGGUCAGGUGGUAUUGUGUAUGAAUAUUUCGAAGAAGUUAACCAUUAUGGGGUUUUAUUGUCUAAAAAAGAUGGACUGAUUUCUAAAUUACCUGAUUUUGACACUUUGAAAAUGAGAUACAAUUCAGUGACACCAAUUGGAAUCACUGUUGAUGAAGCUACAAUUUGUGAGCCAAAAUCGUGUAUACAACCGGAAGAUGAUGCAUGGGAUAUUGCUUUAUCAUUACCACCAACACCUGAUCAAGGUAAAUGUGAAUGUUUAUGGCAGUCGUUAUCUUGUGUUAUUGCGAGUGACGCACAAUUUGAUGAAGAAGUUGCUUUGAAAGAUUUAUGUUUCAAAGUUGAUUGCGAAGAUAUUAACGCUAAUGGUAGAUUGGGUAAAUAUGGGAAAUAUUCCGAUUGUAAUCCAACCGUAAGAGCAUCAUAUGCUUUGAAUAAGCAUUAUGAACAAAGUGGAAGAAAACAAGAUAUUUGUGAUUUCCAAGGUAGAGGACAGCUAUCAAGUGGAAGAGGUUUAGAUGAUUUGGGUUCAAAGUAUUCAAGUGAUGGACGAAAUUGUUUGGCAAUUAUUGAAGGAAGAGCUCAACCUGAUUGUCAACCUGGUCAAGGUGGAGGUAAAGACAAUGAUGGAAAAGAAUAUGAUCAUGGAAAAGGUGAUCAUGAAUAUGGGAAGGAGUAUGAUGAUGGUGACGACUACGAUGACUACGAUGAUGAUGAUGAUGACGAUGGUCGUGAUUAUGGUGAUGAUCGCAAGGGUAGCAAAGAUUCAUCUGGAUCACGUAGAAAAUCGCAUAAGAAACCACAUAAUAAAAAAGCAAAGGCUAAACCAACCAAACUGGUCACCAGUGGUUCUACAACUUACAAAAAUUCAAUUUUCCAAACUAUUGUGAAGUUGUUAUUUACAUGCUGUGCUUUAUUGAUUUAG